CCAAAGCCUCAUCAAAGCUUUCCAUAUUCCUCAAAAAUUCACAGUUUCAUAUCCCAAACUCUCAAAACCAAGAAAAAAAAAAAAACAAUGGAGAAUCUAAUGGGUCUUUUGAGAAUUCAUGUGAAGAGAGGUGUGAAUCUCGCCAUUAGAGAUCUCAAUAGCAGUGAUCCUUAUGUUGUUGUUCACUCUGGUAAACAGAAGCUGAAGACAAGAGUGGUGAAACACAGUAUAAACCCCGAAUGGAACGACUUAUUGACACUUUCGGUUACUGAUCCGAGUCUCCCGAUUAAACUUACGGUUUACGACUAUGAUGUGUUCUCCGCGGAUGACAAGAUGGGACAAGCUGAGUUUCACAUUGGUCCAUAUAUUGAAGCCAUCAAAUUCUGCCAUCAGGUCGGACCAGGACUUCCAAAUGGUACCAUAAUAAGGAAGUUAGAGCCGAGCAGAAACAACUGUUUGUCUGAAGAGAGCCACAUUGUGUGGAACCAAGGCAAGAUUGUCCAGAAUAUGUUCCUUAGACUUCAGCAUGUUGAGUGUGGAGAGGUUGAGAUACAGCUUGAGUGGGUCGAUGUCCCCGGUUCAAGGGGUAUAUAGAUCGAAAUCACAUCGAUCCGAUCCGUUAUAGUCGUCUGUCCAUAUGGUUAGAAAACUAGAACUAUGGUGCAGUUUAAAACUGGUCAUUGAAAUAAUCUCAAACUGGUUUAUGUAAUAAACUCUUGUAGGUUUAUUUUUUUUUCUUUGUUCUUUUCUUAUUUGAUUCUACAAAGUGUGCAAGUUCAUGAGGAGUAAGUGUAACAUUUCGAUCUCCUUAUAUAUCUCUAUCUCUUUAGCUUCAAGUUUAAGUUUGUGAGACAGAACAAAUCAUGUUUUGAACAUAUUUUAAUGGAAGAUCACAAGUUCACAACA